GAGAGCUGGUCUACCACCAGCAGCCUGGGGAGGAGGGCACCGUCAUGUCUCUAGCUUGGAAAUACACAUAGCCCCCUCACCAGCCAUGAGGCUCGCUCUGUCACUCCCGGUCCUGUUGGUGGCUCUAUGGAUGGUGUGUGAAGGCCGAGCCCCGGCCCAGGCAGACCUAGAGACAGACCAGGCGGACCUAGAGCCGGACGGCAUCUUCGACGUCAUCAGGGGGUGGUGGAAGAAGGUUGGAAAGAACCUGGGGAAGAAGAUCGUGAAACACAUCAUCGACGACAUCAGCAAGAAGAACGGAGCUUCAGUGACCCGGAAAAUGGCAUCAAAGCCAACUGGGAAACCACAACACAAGAAUACAUGAGGACACAAGCACACACCAGAACACAAGCACACGCCAGAACACAAGCACAAGCCACAACACAAGCACAAGCCACAACACAAGCACAUGCCAGAACACAAGCACACACCAGAACACUGCUGCCCUGAACACUGGGAGAGUUUCUCACUCUAACCUAAGAUUCUGCCCCUGAAGAAGCUCUGAAACUUCACACACCCCAGGCCCCGGUGCUGAAGAUUUCCCACAAGGUGCCCCAUGUAGCCCCCACCCCCUACCAGCAAUAAAAAUCCU